UGCUACUCAAAACACGUCGACAUGGAGAAUAGGAACAGCUACACAGUCGCCGUGGUUACAGAAAUGUGAAAUGGUUUUCAAAACAGAGCUGCACACCUUUUCCGCUGAAUUCAUUCGUGUUUAUCGAAACUACACUCAUAAGGAAAGAAACUAAUGGUUACAGCGACAUGGACAGUGACCUGAGUCCCCAGGAUAAAAAAGACUUAGACAAGUUCAUUAAGUUCUUUGCCUUGAAGACUGUCCAGGUGAUCGUCCAAGCCCGACUGGGAGAGAAGAUCUGCACCCGCUCAUCAUCAUCACCAACUGGCUCUGAUUGGUUUAAUUUGGCUAUCAAAGAUAUUCCAGAGGUGACCCAUGAAGCCAAGAAGGCUUUAGCUGGGCAACUGCCAGGCAUCGGACGUUCCAUGUGUGUGGAAAUCUCCCUGAAGACAUCAGAGGGUGACUCGAUGGAGUUGGAGACCUGGUGCCUUGAAAUGAAUGACAAAUGUGAUAAAGACAUCAAAGUUUCAUACACCGUCUACAAUCGUUUGUCUGUCCUCCUGAAGUCUCUGCUGGCCAUCACCAGAGUAACACCUGCCUAUAAACUGUCCAGAAAGCAGGGACAUGACUAUGUCAUAUUAUACAGGAUCUACUUUGGGGAAGUCCAGCUGAGUGCAUUAGGAGAAGGUUUCCAGACAGUUCGUGUCGGUGUAGUUGGUACUCCUGUCGGCACAGUCACACUUUCCUGUGCCUACCGCACCAACCUAGCAUUCAUGUCUAACAGACAGUUUGAGCGGUCAGCUCCCAUCAUGGGGAUCAUUGUGGAUCACUUCAUGGAUCUUCCCUGCAGCAAUCAGAGACAUUCAACAGUGGGACAGCCAUGCAACUACAGGCCUGCAGUUGAGGAGGAGGGAGGACCAUUUACAGGAGUUCAGGAUUCACAGGAGGUCUGCACCACCUCCUUCUCCACCUCCCCUCCCUCUCAGUGUGUGUGCACACUGACUCCUUCUCCCUCUAAACUGCAUAAGCCCCUGCCUGUGGAGAGUCUGCAACUUGCAUUGGCUCCUGGACUUGUCACUCACACUCUCUACAGUUCCAGAUUAAAUCAGAUGACAGGAGGUGCUGCUGAACUCUGUCACCCUGCUGCUAAUCCAAACCAGGUGUUGCAUGUUGGAAAGGAGGGCGGUGUUCUCUUGGUUGCUGCUCAACCUACUCAUGGAACUGACUGCCAUCUCACAGUGGACCAUGCUCCUAACACACCUGGUAGCAGUGGUGAUGAUGCCGUCCUGUCGCAGAGUGCAGAAGGAAGGAGGAGCAUUUCUCUUUCUGAUCCAGUGGAGUCUCUGUCCACGUUCACACGAAAAGUGGGAGCCUUUGUGAAUAAAUCCAGCGCACAGGUUCCAGCAGUCAGUCUGGACCUGCCAUUUGCUGCUUUUGCUCCAAGAGGACUGGACUCAGAGGAGAAUGACCCCAUGGUGCAGCCUCCAGACUCUCCCACCUGCUCCUCUCCCCUGCAGGCCAGUCUCCACUCUCAGGGCUCAGAGGGAUCAGUACAGCAGGAUGACUUUGUCAUGGUCGACUUUAGACCAGCAUUCUCUAAAGAUGACUUGUUACCAAUGGAUCUAGGAACCUUCUACAGAGAGUUCCAGAACCCUCCUCAGCUAGCCAGCCUCUCCCUGCACAUCAGCUCACAGUCGAUGGCCGAUGACCUGGACUCGCUACCGGAGAAGUUGGCUGUCUAUGAGAAAAACAUUGACGAGUUUGAUGCAUUUGUGGACAUGCUCCAGUAGACAUUUGAACAAAGAAGGAAAAAUCAGUUCUAUGUGAAGCCCUGCUGAUCGUGCCCAUUUCUCUUUCUUUCCGACCUGUACAGACAGUAGCCAUUACUGUAAAUACCUCUGCUUACACACUAAUCUAGUUUUACGAGGUCUGUCCAUAAAAUAUCGUACCUUUUUAUUUUUAUUUUUUAAACUAUAUGGAUUUGAUUCAUAUGUUUUCACGUCAGACAAGCUUGAACCCUCGUGCGCAUAUGUGAGUUUUGGAUGGAAAUACAUGCAAACGCAAGAGUGGAAAUUCGCACGUGCAUUUUGAGGCAGAAGUCAGCAUUAUGUUUCAGUGUCUGAUUGGAGGUUUUACUUGACACUCUUGUAAUUCAGUUUAUUUACACAGCACCACAUCGCAAUAUAGGUCGUCCCCAGACGCUUCACAUGAUUAUGGUCGAACCUUACCCACCCCCGAGCAGCAUAUUGGCCACAGUGGUGAGGAACAUCCCUCAGGUUCUUUUGGAUUACAGGAAGAAACAGCAAGCAAACUACGGUCAGUGAAGUGACCAUCUGCUUUGUCCAUAUUACCAUUAAAUACACAAAGCACAACAAAAAUUUGUCACACAUGUAAAGACAGAAAUGUUGCAGAUGAGCAACCACACACAUCAAGUCCAGUGGCUCCACUGGAUGGCUUAAAAAAAUAAAAUGGUGGCUAGAAGAGUCUCAGUAAAUUGAAUAAAAUUGGGAAAUUGGUGUUGAAAGCCAGUUCAUUUAUUCAUAGAAGGAACAUUUUCCAGAAUGUGUCCAUUAGUGUAACUGUGUUAAAUAUCCUAAUAAAGCAUGGCUGCUCUGAAG